GGCAGGCGGCGGCGGCGGCGGCCCGGGGCUCGAGCCCGGAGACGGGAGCGGCCGCCAUGGCCGAGAGCAUCAUAAUUCGUGUCCAGUCCCCGGACGGGGUGAAGCGGAUCACAGCCACCAAGAGAGAAACAGCGGCAGCAUUUUUGAAAAAGGUCGCAAAGGAGUUUGGUUUCCAAAAUAACGGCUUCUCAGUUUACAUCAAUAGAAACAAGACUGGAGAGAUAACAGCCUCGUCGACCAAAUCCCUCAGUCUGCUCAAAAUCCAGCACGGAGACCUGCUGUUCCUGUUUCCCUCCGGCCUCGCUGGGCCCUCCUCGGAGAUGGAGACGUCGGCCCCGCUGGGGCUGAAGGCCUGCGGUGCUCCCAGCGUGGUGGAGGACGAGAUCGACCAGUACCUCAGCAAGCAGGACGGGAAGAUUUACAGAAGCCGCGACCCGCAGCUGUGCCGACACGGCCCCUUGGGGAAAUGCGUGCACUGUGUUCCGCUAGAGCCGUUUGACGAGGACUACCUGAACCAUCUCGAACCUCCUGUGAAGCACAUGUCCUUCCACGCCUACAUCCGCAAGCUGACCGGGGGGGCCGACAAGGGGAAAUUUGUCGCCCUGGAGAACAUCAGUUGCAAGAUUAAAUCAGGGUGCGAGGGUCACCUUCCAUGGCCUAAUGGCAUCUGCACCAAGUGCCAGCCGAGUGCCAUCACACUGAACAGACAGAAAUACAGACACGUGGACAAUAUCAUGUUUGAGAACCACACGGUUGCCGAUCGCUUCCUUGACUUCUGGAGGAAGACAGGGAGCCAGCAUGUCGGGUUCCUGUACGGGCGGUACACCGAGCACAAGGACAUCCCUCUCGGCAUCCGGGCCGAGGUAGCCGCCAUCUACGAGCCUCCGCAGAUCGGCACGCACAACAGCCUGGAGCUGCUGGAGGACCCGAAAGCUGACGUGGUGGAUGAAAUCGCCGCCAAGCUUGGCCUGAGGAAGGUUGGCUGGAUAUUUACAGACCUUGUCUCAGAAGACACCCGGAAGGGCACCGUCAGAUACAGCCGCAACAAGGACACCUAUUUCCUGAGUUCGGAAGAAUGUAUCACUGCAGGAGACUUCCAGAAUAAGCACCCUAACAUAUGUCGACUCUCUCCAGAUGGACAUUUCGGCUCCAAGUUCGUCACUGCGGUGGCUACAGGUGGCCCCGACAACCAGGUCCACUUCGAAGGGUACCAGGUGUCCAACCAGUGCAUGGCGCUGGUCCGUGACGAGUGCCUGCUGCCCUGCAAGGACGCCCCCGAGCUCGGCUACGCCAAGGAGUCCAGCAGCGAGCAGUACGUGCCCGACGUGUUCUAUAAGGACAUAGACAAGUUUGGCAAUGAGAUCACCCAGCUGGCCCGGCCCCUGCCCGUGGAGUAUCUGAUCAUAGACAUCACAACAACCUUCCCCAAGGACCCAGUUCAUACUUUCUCCAUUUCACAAAGUCCGUUUCCUAUUGAAAACCGGGACGUCCUGGGUGAGACACAGGACUUCCACAGUUUGGCCACCUACCUGUCCCAGAAUACCUCAUCCGUGUUCCUGGACACCAUCUCGGAUUUCCACCUCCUGCUGUUUCUGGUCACCAAUGAGGUCAUGCCUCUGCAGGACAGCAUCAGCUUGCUGCUGGAGGCCGUGCGGACUGGGAACGAGGAGCUCGCCCAGACGUGGAAGAAGUCUGAGCAGUGGGCCACCAUCGAGCAGCUGUGCAGCACCGUCGGAGUGCAGCUUCCGGGCCUCCACGAGUACGGGGCCGUCGGGGGCGCCACGCACGCUGCCACAGCGGCCAUGUGGGCCUGUCAGCACUGCACCUUCAUGAACCAGCCGGGCACCGGCCACUGCGAGAUGUGUAGCCUCCCAAGGACCUAGGGGCCCGCCCAGCCCUCCCUGAAACCGGGGUCAUUGUCACCACGGCCCCAUGGUGGGCAGCCCUGGAGGGCGGGGCAGGGUGGCUGCUCUCGGGUCACUGGCCCACAAAGCUUCUCAGCACCAGGCUAACCUGGAGGGAGAGCCAGGCUGGUGCUCUGCGGGCGCACAUCAGCCUCCUAAAUGGGGUGGCACGACGGUCCCCCCGCACGCCCGGGGCCAGCCUCCGAGGUGGUGGAAGGACCUGGGCACCCCAGAACCAUCACCCGGGGUUGGGGGGCAGAGAGGGCUGACUGCCGCCAUCCCGCUUUCUCUUCCCUUCCUCUUGGCUCUUGUUCUUCCCCUUCCCGUGGCUGUGGGUGGGAGCGUUGGCGUCCCUGUUGCUCUGGGCAGACCCUGCCUGUGAGGGCCACUUUUUCCCCUGCCGGUGGCCAUUAUCUGGCGGAAUCACAGUGGGCCCAGGGUUGCUGGCCUCCCUUCUGCUUGACCUGCAGGUUCAUUUGCUGCCCGCCCUCCUCCUUGCUCUCACCCGACAUCCAGGUGGGAUUUUUAAAGUCUGCGUUGGUUGUAAUAACAGUUAUCAGUAACUUCUGCCCAGGAGACUUUUAUUUAUUUCUUUGUAAGGUAAAAACUACAUACAAGGGGGACUGAGAGACACUAGUUCCCACUUCCUUCCCUCCCCUAGUGAGUCCCUGGAGUGGCUGCAGGGUGGACACAGGGUGGGCGAAGGUGGACAGGGACCCACAGUCAGUUCUUCUUGCAAGUCAACCUCAGUGCCUGAGACCUUCCUGCCACACAACUGCCACAGCGGCACACUCGGUCCGGUAGGAGGGCAGCGGUCGCUCCUGGCAAGCAUCGGACCCUGCGAAUGGGCCAGGCCGGCCUGUGGUGAGCUGGGUUGCCUGGGACCCGAAGCUCUGGCCCCUUGUGCCCUGUCCACUGUUCUCCCCAUUGCUCUGCCCAGCCCCAGGCCUCCUGCAUGGUGACCGAGCCAUUGCAACAGACCUGCAGGAGAGAGUAGGGGCUUGGCCAGUUGUGAGGGUCACUGGGACUGCUGCGGGGGUCCCAGGACAGAGGUCGUGUCAGGCCUUGCGCGUGUGCUCUGGGGUCCCCGGGGGGUUGUGGGCGGCACCCUGAUGCCUCUUUGCCUUAAUGAGGGUCAUGUCUCUGAGCUGCAGUGCACCCACGGGAGAGGCUGGCCCAGAUGUGGACUGUGUUGGGUACUUCGUGUCUCUGCCCUGGGGGUAGAGGGAGGCCUGCGUGGCCCGCCCUUACCUGUGGCACUAUGGACAGAGAACUCUGUUUUCUGUGUCUUAGGCUGUGCCUGGCAGCUGCAGGUUCACCCAGUAUCUUGUCUGCUCUGGGGGCCGGGGGCCAAUCAGGUUGGGUCUGGCUUCAGCAGAGCCACUGGUUGUUGGGGGAGGGUGGGCCCCGCCAGUUUGUGGCAGCGGUCGCAGCUCAGCUUGGCUCCCUGCCACCUGCUGAGGGGCUGUCCAUGCCUCGUGGACCCCGUGUCGUGUGGUCCCUGCGAUCCAGUGUGAGGCUGCGGAGGGGCGUGGUGGCCCCGGGCCCUGAGCUCGGCCUCUGUGUCCCCCAGGCCCCCGCUCCCCCAGUCCUUCUCCUUGUGUCACCUUCACCCCCCAAGCUGGUUCCCGUCUCUCUUCAGCCAGCAUUGUGACUCGAAGAUCCGGCAGAUGUGUAAUUCGUUUCCUCUCGUCUUAUAGCUGAAGGAAAAGCGCUGGGACUUCUCUGCUCCCGAGUCCCUCUGUUCAGUGACGCACUCUGUUGUCCAGAUGAACAGACUUGGAGCUCAGCGUGAGGGUGUGAGGGGCACCCUGCCAGAGGCCUUGGCCAUGGGCAGCUCAGCCGCCACCUCCUGCACAGGGAAGGGAGGGAGGGGUCCCCCAGCCCCACCUGCAGCCUACUUGCCCUUGCGUGGACACACCCUCUCACCCCGGGCAAGGGGUGACUGCGUGCUCAGCUGCCCGGGUGCACACAGCUGGCUGCCUGGGCCUCCUGACAGCCCCUGGUGCUGCUGCUCCAGCCCGCUCGGGGCUGCAGGGCUGCGUCUGCUGGGUUUGCAUUAGCGUUACUUGGACUCGGGUCCCACCGUGAAGCCAAUAAAGCCCUGAAGCGAC